AGUGGGUGAUGGGUGGGGCUACAGCCUGGGAGGCCCAGGAGUCCCGCCUACCCAGGGUGUUUGAGCGUCACCUGGCAACAGGUGGGCCUGGCAGAGGCGGCUGCUUUCCAAGUCUCCUCCGCUGUCCUGUGGGCGCGAUGAUGUUGCUCAGGCCCCUGGCAAUUCUUCUUGCUCUGGUUGUCUCUGACCUCCACUGCCUGCCCUCGUUCGUCAAUGUCUCCGAGAGCCAGGGGCCCGGCACCAUCCUUUGGUCCUUCUCCUUCAACUGCUCUUCUCACACACCCACCCUGAAGCUGCUCCAGGUGCAGCCGCCCAGCACCUUCUUCAACCCCCCCAGCCUGGCCAGGUGGCAGGGGCUCUAUGUGGGACAGCUGACCUUGAGCAGCUCCGCCCAGCUGGACGCCCUGGCCGUGAACCACUAUGAGCUGCAGCUGCAGGUGACAUGCGGCAGCGACGUGACCCAAGGACCGCUCUCCGUGGGUGUGCGGCGGGAUCCGCCAUCUGGGGAAGUCAUCCAGGUGCCGGAAACAGUCACACCUGGGGCUCGGCUCUACACUUUGCUCCCAGGCCUGGAACUCCAGGGAGCCCAGGUGAACAUCACCAGUGCCCAGGACCCUCCACACUUCCCUGGACCCUUCUCCAUCAAUGGGCAGGGCUGGCUGCAGGCACCCCCCCAGGGCCUCAGAGGCCAGGCUCCAAAGGUGAGCAUGACCGGGACCUGGGGGUGCCCAUGGCCUGGGCAUACAAUGGGCAGAGCUACCACCUCCUGGAGGCUUGCUUGCUCUUGGCCUCCUGGGCCUCCUACGCUCUUCCAGCUCCAGGUGCUGGUGACCUUCCGGCGAGGCCGCAGCUGCCGGGGGCUGCUGACCAAUGCCUCCCUAGACUGCGACUCGCCUGGGGCCUGCCCGCAGCUCACGGCCUCCCUCCUGGUGCUGGAUGGUGGUCAGCCCCCCAUGAGCACUGAGGUGCCAGUACUGGUGAUGGUGACCCCCGUCAACGAGUUCUCCCCGACCUGUGUCCCCCGAACAUUCCGGGUCCGUGAGGAUGCAGAGCCCCGCACGCUGCUGGGCUCCGUGGUGGGCACAGACACGGACUACCCACACGGCGGCAUUGAGUACCACACCCCUGGCGGGCCCGCCACCUUUGCUGUGGACCGGCUCAGCGGCGAGGUUCGCCUCCUGGGGCCGCUGGACUAUGAGCAGCAGAGGUUGCACAGGCUCACCGUCCUGGUGACCGACCACAGCCAAGGCCUGGGCCCGGCUCGGCCCCGCUCUGGCUCCUGCACCAUGGCCAUUGAGGUGGAGGACGUGAAUGACCACGCCCCCGAGUGCGAGCCCCCGUUCCAGGAGCUCACCAUCCACACUUCCCCGGGCAGCGGCAUGGAGGUGACCAAGCUGUCAUGUCGGGUCCCACAGGAGCCACAGCGCCAGGCCUUCUCCUACAGCCUCGUGGGAGGGAAUCGUCAGGGCCGAUUCCGCCUGCAAGGAGCCGCCCUGCUGCAGGACGACCUCCUGUUGGGGGCCUCCCCGCCAGAGCAGCCCCAGACCUAUGAGCUCUUGAUCCGCGUGGCCGAUGCAGGUCCCUCCGCCCCCCACCUCAGCACCACAGCCACGGUCAUUGUGCAUCUGGUUCCCUGGAGGGCCAGCACCGUGGCCACCAGCACCAGCAGAGCCACAGUGCCUUCGGCGAUGACACCCCGGCUUGUGACUCACACGGAGCCUUUCUGGCAGCCGGAGCCCUGGUUUGUGGUGCUGCUGACGGUGACCGGCGCCCUGCUCCUGGCCCUGGGCUGGCUCCUCAGCAGGCAUCUCCGGGGGACCCAGGGAACUGUGGGGUCCUCUGAGGGGUUCAUGGAGGCGCCAAGGAUGGAGACACCCGAGGCACCCGGCAGCAUCAUGAGCCUGCAACAUUUUGAUGGCAGAGCCCAGGACUCCCGGACAGGCCGAGAGUUCCUGUUCAACUCGCGCUCGGGAGCCUGGCGCUGGCUCUGAGGCCUCGAAGCUGCCUCACUGCGUGGGAAUUUCUUCACUGACCCUGGGCUGUGUUUUCAAGUGGAUUCAAUAAUAAACCAAGUUACAAACAGCGAAGGCCCAGCCUUGUCACCCACCCGUGGGAGGAGCUCUGGGAUCUGUGCUUCCUUGUUCUGCCCUGGAGACCGCCUGCCUCCUGGGAAGACAGGGCGUAGGAAGGUGCGUUUGGGGAAGGCGAUGUCCACUGCGCUCAGGGCCUCGAUUCAGGCUCUGCCGAGCCAGAGUCUGGUCCUGUCGGCGGGGCUGUUCCCUCCCGGAGAGGAGGACGCUGGGGGGCAGCUGCCUGCUGUGGGG